CAUUGUGUGGUUGAGUCCAGGCCUGCAACUUCAAGAUGGGGGAGAUCGGCGGUCCGCGCGGUGCAUUCCUCUGGGGCAUUGCAGCCAUUUACUUGUGUGCAUUCGUCUCACUUUAUAUACAAAUUCCAGGGCUCUAUGGAAAGGAAGGAAUUCUGCCAGUCCGCAGGAUGCUGCCCUUCACUGGAAAGCCACUGCUGGACCAGCUGACUGACUCUCCAACAUUACUGUGGUUGUGCCCCUGGCUUGGACUUGACACUGAGCAGGGCAUGGAGCUCAUCUGCUUGCUGGGCAUCGGCCUGUCGAUCAUUGCACUGGUGGUAAAGCCUCUCCGAGACUGCUUCAUCUUUGCAUGCCUCUGGUUCCUCUACCUGUCUCUGUACCAGGUUGGACAAGUCUUCCUGUACUUCCAGUGGGACAGUUUGCUACUGGAGUCUGGAUUCCUGGCGAUCCUGGUUGCACCGUUACACCUGCAGAAAUGGCGGGCAGCCCCUUCCCAGCACCAUGACGCCAUCACCUUCUGGUUGGUGCGAUGGCUGUUCUUCAGGCUCAUGUUUGCCUCUGGUGUGGUGAAACUGACCAGCCGAUGCCCCACAUGGUGGGGGCUCACAGCUCUGACCUAUCACUAUGAGACUCAGUGCAUCCCCACUGCUGCUGCUUGGUUUGCACACCAGCUGCCAUCUUGGUUUCAAAAGUUCAGCGUGGUUAUCGUGUUUGUGCUAGAGAUUGUGGUUCCUCUGUUGUUCUUUGCUCCAACCCCUCGCCUUAGGCUAUUCGCAUUCUACACUCAGAUUCUGCUCCAGGUAUUAAUUAUUAUCACUGGUAACUAUAAUUUCUUCAAUCUGCUCACGAUUGUCCUGGGGUUCUCACUACUGGACGAUCAGCAUGCUCACUUUUGGCACAGGCGAGGCAAGAAGCAACACGCUGAGAGCCCAGGUUGGUCACGGACACUGCAAGUCCUGAUCGUUAGUCUCAUUGAGCUGGCAGUUUAUUUAACACUUGUUUACGGGACAAUUCACUACUUCGGACUAAGUGUCGACUGGGAGAAAAGGAUGAUAGAAUCAAAAAUAGUCUUCACUUUCCAUGAGUUUACAAAGUGGCUAAAGAUCGUGACUCCACUCACCAUCUGGAUCGGUGUGCUGUCCCUCAGCUGGGAGAUAAUCAAGUCAUUGCUCAGCUCCCUGAUGGUGAGAGGGAUUUUUGCCAAGCUCUGGGCUACCUCUCAAUGGGCCUUAUUUGCUGUUGCAGCUACUGCAAUGUUUGCCGUUAGUCUGGUACCAUACACCUUCAUUGAGUACGAGGCCAGCUCCAACCUGAGGCCUGAGGUCCGACAGCUGUAUGAUAUGGUUGACCGUUACCAGCUAGUCAACUCCUAUGGGCUGUUCCGGCGAAUGACAGGGGUUGGAGGUCGCCCAGAGGUUGUUUUGGAAGGAAGCUAUGAUGGCCAGAGAUGGACGGAAAUUGAAUUCAUGUACAAACCAGGGAACCUCAGCUUGGCUCCUCCUCUGGUGGCCCCGCACCAGCCCAGACUUGAUUGGCAGAUGUGGUUUGCUGCCCUUGGUGACCAUAGGCACAGUCCCUGGUUCACCAGCUUCAUCCAUCGGCUUCUCCAGGGAAAGAGAAAUGUCAUUCGCUUGGUACAAGUGGAUGAGACCAAAUAUGUCUUCAGCACCAAACCCCCCACUUAUAUCCGAGCCCAGCUCUACAAGUACUGGUUUACUACGCAUAGGACCGACAGCUCACUCAAUGAUUGGUGGACUCGGGAACAUGUGAGAGAAUUCUUUCCCUCGGUGACUUUAGGAGACCCCAACUUGGAAUCACUCUUACAUGAAUACGGCUUCAAGGACAAAGCGCCUCCGAAACGGGCCGUGAAGGAUGGCUUGCCGUUCAUCCUGAAACUGACCCGUGAACAGGUGGAACCCUACUCUGGGGAACAGGUGAUCUGGGCCCUGUAUGUUGCUGUGUUGCUCAUCUCCCUGCUCAAAGUCCUGACAAACCGCAAAGCAAAGGGGAGCCAAUUAAAGCCGGGUUGGAGGAGACCGGAGGGAAAGGAUGUGAGUGGUAGCGAGGAGGCAGAUGCUGAUGGUAGGAGAAAGGAAUUUCGACGGUCAGAGGGCAAAGUGCGUCUGCCCACUGAGGAACAGUCGCUAGAGAAUGUUCGCAGAAGAAAGAUUUAACUUGAUGACCAGAAGAAUUCGCUUAACACAGUCCUGCAGGUAUAUCUUUUGUUUUGGGGUCUGAGUGCCCAAGUUUCACUGAUCAGGUAAAGAAUGUGUGUAACGGUUCAGUCAUUUUUGAGUCAGGAACUUGUUCAAUGCUUUGGGAUGGUGUACUGGUUGCUUUUUGUGUAUUGAGUAGGUCUGAGGGUAUCUCCCUUCUCAACACCAUCUCCUCUUGCCUGUGGUUACAAACCUUCCACUGACUAGGAUCAAUCUGUUAUAUAUUCCAGUGUUAUGCAGUUGUCCUUCUCUGCCUGGCCCCCAUCGAAUCAGGUGUGAAUCGGUAUAUCACCAACUGUGUGACAGCAGACUCUGUAUCUAAAUAUCCAGUAGUCUGGGCCCAAAACUGCAGAUGUCAGGUCUGGAAAGGUGUUGUAGUGUUGCAGUUCUGCCUCCAGAUGUCAGUAAUUAACCAGGAAAUCCAUCUGAUUCCAUUGCGUUCCAGUGACGGAUUCCAGCUCAAUUUGAUUGAACUUGCAAGUUUCUCACUGCUCAUUCUAACCAUGUUUCACCCUGCAUCCAAUCUCGCUCUGCGUGUUACAGAUUUUGGUGCUGAUUCCCGGUAAAAUUGUAUCUUGCCUUGUGUGCAGUUUUUUGGGCUCUUGCUGCUUUCCUGAUCCAAUUCAAUUGGUAAAUUAUCCGUGAUACUCGUGUUAAAGAAGAAUUGUCAAAAUACUCUCUCCUGCAAUAAAAAUUCCCUGCUCUAAAA